AUGUGGAAAGAAGGGAAUUUUGCGAAAUUAUUCCAAGGUUUUGCGGUCCUUCUUCAUUACACAAUUGUGCUGGUGGGCUUAACUGGUGUUUUUGGGGUCGGAGCUCUGCAUCUUCUCCUCCUAAAUCCACAGAUUUGGCCUCUUUUGGCGUUAUAUUUGGCGUGGGUGUUCGUAGAUUGGAGGACCCCUAGACAAGGUGGAAGAAAAGCCGCUGUCAUUAAUUUCAUUGGCGCCCUGUUUCCGUUCAGAUGUAUGCGAGAUUACUACCCCAUAACACUUGUGAAAACAGCUGACCUCGAUCCCGAAAAAAACUAUAUUUUUGGUUAUCAUCCUCAUGGAUUUAUGCCCGAUGGGUUGAUGAUCAGUUUUGGCACAAACCAGCUUGGUUUUGAGCAAAAGUUCCCUGGCAUCUCACCGUAUAUUGGCAGCCAUUCCAGUAGGUUUUAUAUUUUUUAAAAACUGCGACCACAUUAACCCUUCAAGCCCUACAAAAUUCACCAGACUGGUCUCUAUACACAUAUAUUUCAUAUGAAUUUCAUUUAAGUAUAUUAUAAAUAUCAUCUCAUAAUACAAUCAUUUAUAACAUAACGCCUAAAGGCAGUACAGUGCAGGUAUAUGUCCGUAACAAAACAUAACAAAGAAACUCAUGGUCAGUUCUCUGAAAUGCCAUCUCAAAGUUGAUACACUUUUACAGCAACUCCACUGAACUUAAAAUUUUAGCCUUAAUAAGUUCCUAUGUGGAGGGAACUUAAAAUGAAAAUUUUAGCCGAACAGGUUCUUAAAACCCAGGUUAUUAUAUGUGGGGUUUUACUGUAUUUGUUACUCCCCCCUGGAUGGGAUGCUAGCUCAUCGCAGGGUUACCCCCCAGCAGUAUGUCGCCAGUACCAAUUUAAACACCUGGGUGACGAGGGACAAUGUGGAGUAAAGUUCCUUGUCUAAGGAAACAACGCGACGGGUGAGGCUUAAUUGAACCCCGGACCUCCAGAUCCAGAGUUCGAGGUGUUAACCACUCGGCCACACACGCCUCCUUUUUAAUAUAAGCUGAACAGAAAAUGUUUGCAGCUGCUAGGAGGAUCCGCCAUCUAGGAUCUUUCUUCCUCCAUGUAAACAGUUCCUGUAUCUUCAGUACAACAUUGUUAAAAUGAAAUAAAAUGACAUUUUAAGUUAGUCUUAAGAUUACGUAAUAUGCUACACAGCCAUCGUGGGGAGGAGCAUUGCCUGUGUAGCAGACUAAAGAUUACAUAGCCAGUAGAAAGGCAAAGUUAUUAAUAAAUCCACAGAAGAAUCACAUUCUUUUUUUGAUCCAUCCAGUGUUUUUUAUAGCACCACUAUAUCGUGAGAUUGCAAUGGGGCUCAGACUUGUUGAUGCAGGAUCAGAGAGUUGUAAAUACAUACUAACCCAGAUGGGUGCAGGACACUCUAUUGCAUUAGUACCUGGAGGAGCUGCUGAGAUGCUGGAUUCAUGCUUAGGAGAUUACAUUCUUACUCUUAACAGACGCAAGCAGUUCAUCAAGAUGGCUUUGGAGACAGGGUACUAUAAUGACCACCAUACUUUCCUAUCAGUCAUUUCAUAUUUUAUCUAUUUUCAAUUGGUGAAUUGAUUAACUCCUUUUACUUGCUUGAAUUAAGAAAUCCCCUAGGGCAUUGAUACAUGUUCCAGAGUGUUUAAUGUUUUGGUUCUAGAAAUUAUCCUUGUUAGAAGAGUCUUCAAGGCUUAAUUUGUCCUAAAAGUUAAGUACGGUAGUGGAAGCCCAGACUCUUAAAGACACUCUUGUAGGCAGAGAGCUCUACUUGCUUACAGCCACCUAUUGAACUCCCAUACAAACUCUGCAUUUUUACAUUCCCAUAUUAGUGGACACUCCUGCCCGUGGCCAUGGACACACUUCCACUUGUAAGGACUUUCACUGUUUGAGUUUUAACUGAGAUUUCUAGAGGGGUACUGAGAAGGGGAUCAGAGGGUGAUGAAACAAUGAUUAAACCCUUCACAGGGAUAACGAUAAGCGAUGCAUGUGCAUGAAAUAAUCUGCAAUAAUAAAAUGUAGGAACACCUGUAAUAUUCUCACUGAGAAAAACACACACAAAAGCCUAUGUAAAUUAACAGCUAAUGCACUUCCUAACAUUCUCAGUGUGAUCCAGGAAAAUUAAUACACACCAUACCCACGGUCCUUGUCCCUCAGUUUGAACAGCAGUCUCCAUGGUUAUUCAGUCAGUUCUAGUAAAAUUUAGGUCUUGGUAGCCUAGCUAGUAGUUCUUGCCCCACCCUCCUCCCCUCAGCAAUGGAGCAUUCUGUCCUGGUCUGCCGACUUGCAAAGCUCCAGGCCGAUUCUCCCAUAUCUUAUGCAUUUAGGUUCAUUUUGUUUUGUCUGUAGCUAUUUUGGGUGAGAAUAUAUUAUAUAAUUUACUAUUUUUCUAAUAAUGACGUGUUGUUGCUCAUUACAGAUCAUCUCUGGUUCCUGUGUUUGGAUUUGGACAAAAUGAUAGCUUCAAAAUUCCAUCUUUUGCCAACUAUGAAUGGCUGAAAAGUUAUAAGGGCUCAAACACAUCACUCCUGAAGAAAUGGUCAAAGCUAAUGAUCAAAGGAAUAGUGAUUUCAUUUUCUGGAAAAUACAUUCCAGGUCUUCCAUAUAACAAUCCAAUUACAGUUGUAGGUAAGAUUUUUAAUUUUAACAGUAGUUUAUGACAUUUAUUGUGCAUUCGAAACUUGGACAAUGCUUAUGGAGACUUAAAUCAAGCAAAUAUUUCUUUUGGAUAGAGUAAUAUUUCUAGUUACGCCAUUAAUGCCCUCCUACUAUGGUGGCCCAGGUAGCUAGUUUCUCCAGAAGUCCUGAGGACCAGCAAAGGUGAAAAUCAUCUUCUAGUCAACACAGAGGCUCUGGCUUCUCACAGAAGUGUGACACAAUAAAUUCAUCAUAUUUCAUUUUAUUUUGUUUCCCAACACUUUUGUUUGGUAGAACAAACAUAUGAUAUAAAUGUCAAAUAAUGUGGGUAAUAAAGUGUGUCAUCCUCAUGGCCAAAAUUUCUUUCCUAUAAACAUGCCCCGAGAUGCACUUUUCAGGAAAUUUCCCAGGGGGUCACAGAGUCCCACAAUGAAGAAGGGGAGGGGGGUAGUCCCCCUCGUAUACUACCCCUACAAACAGCUGUGUGACAUUAAAGAAGUGUCUACGCAUUAAAUGUUUUUGUCCUUCUACUUCAAACUUUCUGGGGAACAGUCUCUUAAUAUCUAACCCUUUGGCUCUUAGCCCUUUAACUAAAUUUAAAUUCUCCUUCGUUGUCCUCAUACGUUUUCAAUAAAAAAAGUGGGAAGAAUUUGUAUUCAUUUAUUAGAUUCAACUUCUGUGAUCAUGUCCUCAAUUCUCAUGACUGCUUUGUUUAAGCAUUGAUAUUACGAGCCUUAGGAGAAAUUUUAUGCUGAUCACUCUUUAGGGCUUACAGGGUAAUAUCUCUUUCUUUGUCUUCAGUUGGUUCACCAAUACAUGUAAAGCAAGUCACCAGUCCAAGUGAUGAACAGAUAGACCAACUUCAUACUCAGUACUCAAUGGAAAUAAGAAGAUUGUUUGAAAAUAAUCGAAACAAGUAUGGCGUACCCAGUGAAACUAAACUUAUCAUUCAAUAG